AUGGAGGUGGCGGCUGUUGGAGGCCGGCGAGACAGAUCCGGGUGUGAGGAUGAAGAUGGCCGACGAGACAGAUGCGGCUAUGAGAUAGAUCCGGUCACGGGCUGUGAGGAUCCAGUGGAGACGAUUGGUUCGGCGCCGGCGAAGAGGGAGAUGGCUUACCGUGAGGAUGAUUGUGAAACCCCCGGAUUUUUGGAUGCGGGCUACUUAUCAUUUCAGCCUCCCCAAUCGCCUCCAUCUCUAUUCUCGAUCUCGACUCUGAACUUUCUCUCUCUCUCUCUGCUACUGCAAACUACAAAAUCUACAAGAAUCAGAAGUUCAAAACCCAUAUAUUUCAGUUUAUCUAUCUGUCUGCAAGAAUCAAAAGUUGAAAACCCAUAUCGGCAUAUCAUUUCAGAUUGUUCAAAAAAUCAAAACCCAUAUAUUUCAGUUUUCAUCGCCCGCUGUUGUCCCGUCGUCCUCGUCAAUGUAUGCUGUCCCGCCGUACUCCAUCAUCGACAUCGGUAUUCCGCCGUGACGUCGUCCUCUGUCAUCGACGUCGUCUGCCGUCAUCGUUUGCUGUCCUGCCGUCCUUCCGUCCCACACAUCGUUUCCAUCGCCCGAAUCCAGUUCGGGUUCGCCGUUCGCAAGCUUCAGUUGCCGGCCCGCUGUCUCUCAACUCUCAAGCUUGCCCCCCUCCCUCUCUCUGCAACUGCUAACUUGGUUAGUAUUGGGCCUAAACAUUUAGAACAAGGUUCAAGAAACAUGCCUCCUCAGUCAUCAGGUCUCUUUUCUGAAGGAAGAGAGUUGAUGGGAAUGGGUGGAGUCGGCAAAAAGAAAAUAGGGGGAGUGGCACAUACCUGGAUCUUUGGAAAGAAUCAUUGCUUCAGGGGCGUCUGAAAAGCUCUUGAACAAUGAGAUGGCCAAGGAAAUGGAGCGGCACAGAUCUCGGGUCUGUCCCGAACCUACUGGUUCACAAGGAGGUGGCCACGCUAGAGGCGGCGGCGGCCAAGGCCAAGGAGGAGGAGGCCAAGGCCGAGGAGGCGGCGGCGGCAGAUAAGGGGCAUCCAAACCCUUGAUCCGGCAAAUAAGGUGCAAGUACUGGGUGGUGGUGGUUGGUGGUGGUCUUCAAAUGAAUGAAACAAUGAAAAUAUGCCAAUGUAUGAAUUCACUAGUAUGAUUCAGAGACUGCUCCGUUCUCUCUAUCUCUUCCAAUAUAUUUAUUGAAUGUUGUCUGAAAAAUGCUAAUCAAAUGAACUAUGGAUUACUGUUUUGUUUAUGUGCCACCCAUCAAAUAGUGUAACAGUGGCUUAAAUGGAGUUUCAAUGGUUGAUUAUGAGUUUAAUGGAAUGUUUAGUGUGUCUAUGGAAUGUUAGAUAUCUAU